AUGGCACAAGAUAUGGCUAAGAGGUUUUGGGUGGGGGGUGUCCUAGAAGACAGUCGUUUUCCUUUGUGGAAUUACAUGUCCCAAGCUGAGAGUGCGAAGGAGAAGUCAGAUGGACGACGUUCAAAGGAAUCCAAAGAUAUCAGAUUAGAGUACGUGUGA